UUCCGUUACGAUUUAAACUAUUUUUCUGAUUUAUGCAAUUAUGACAUCACAAAUAUAUAGAAAACAUCUUUGUUUAAUUAAAUUGAUCAAUACAUUUCUUGAGUUAUGUAAUUUUCAAAUUUAUAGUACCUAACUAUGGGUAGAAACACUUACGAGGAAAAGUAAUAUUUUGUUCAAAGUGCAUUUAACGAUAGAUUUCUGUUAUUAUAUUGAUGAUAAAUUUCGUACGUGACAAAAUGCAAGAAUUUAAAUUUCCCGCAUUUUGCGCAUGCACAUUUGGAUCAGCGUCUCGAACUGAUUCAGUUUUGAACGCCAUCUUUAUUAGUUUUAUAUGACGCGCGGGGUAGUGCGGUGGAUGUGUCAAAUCGCGAGAUCGACGGCAAUAAUUAGUUGAACAUGGUGUUUAUACAGGAGAGGUGAUUUUUCGCGUUGUAUUUUAACGUAAGUAACGCAUCUCGCUUGAUUACAAUGCAAUGAGUCGUGUGAUUUCGAAAGUGUUUGUUUGGAUCGGUCAAUAUUACUGCCAACACGAGAUUUCGUGAUCAGCCAUCGUUUCUUCGGUGAAAACACCCUUGAAGAAUCUAACAUGUGAUAUAAAUCAUCCAAGCCAAUGAUUCCUCUGCAUCCUCGCGAUACGUCAGUUUUGUUUUCCGAACUAACAAGGGGAUACGAAUACAUUUAUUUUAAGAAGAAUUUCUUGACAAUAGAUAUCAUCCAUUUUGUUUAUGCUCCUCCGGCACGGUCUCGUCUCAAAAACAUCGCACCUCGCUUUCAUCCUCCCGGUUUGAAUGUUAUUUGUGAAAACAUAAAAUUACAUUAUAAUGAAUUAAAUUUAUUUUAAUCACUAUUGAUAUUUAAUCUUCUUAUGUUAAUUGUGUUUUCACUGAUAAUGCAAAUAUUGCAUUUAACUUAAAUUGCAUAAAAAUGGUGUGAUGUAAUGUUUACAUGUUAUGUGUUUACAUAUUUGCAAUGAUUGCUUUCCAUAUCAUCGCAUAAGAAUGAUUUUAGAUAUUAUAUGAUGUAUGCCUUGUAUAUGGUGAUAUAUUUUUAGACUUAUUGCAAAGUAAAUAAAUUAGAUAAAAAAUGGUUAGUAAUAUUUCGCGGGGUACUCCCCGCAUCCAGGUUUUUAGACCUACGUAUGAGGAAUUUAAAGAUUUUACUAAAUACAUCGAGUAUAUGGAAAGUAAAGGAGCACACAAAGCUGGAUUAGCAAAAGUUAUUCCACCCCCUGAGUGGAUUCCAAGGAAAGGUGGCUAUGAUUUAGAUGAUUUAAAUCUUGUUAUUCCUGCUCCGAUUUGUCAAGUGGUAACUGGGAAGCAAGGUCUUUAUCAGCAAAUUAAUAUACAGAAAAAAUCUAUGACUGUGAAAGAAUAUAGUAAAUUAGCUAAUUCUGAACGGUACAAUACUCCACGUCAUUUUGAUUAUGAAGACUUAGAAAGGAAGUACUGGAAAAAUAUAACAUAUGUAGCACCCAUAUAUGGUGCAGAUGUGUCUGGUUCAUUAACUGAUCCAGAUGUAAAGGAAUGGAAUAUCAACCAUUUGGGAACAAUACUUGAUUAUGUAAACAAAGACUAUGGUAUAUCUAUUGACGGUGUUAAUACAGCAUAUUUGUACUUUGGAAUGUGGAAAACUACAUUUGCAUGGCACACAGAAGACAUGGAUUUAUAUUCAAUAAAUUAUUUACAUUUUGGAGCUCCAAAGACAUGGUAUGCUAUACCACCAGAACAUGGACGAAGAUUAGAAAGACUUGCUAGCGGAUUUUUCCCAUCAAGUUAUCAAAGUUGUCAAGCGUUUUUACGUCAUAAAAUGUCUCUCAUUUCUCCGCAAAUAUUACGGCAAUAUUCAAUUCCAUGCAAUAAAAUAACUCAAGAAGCUGGAGAAAUAAUGAUUACCUUUCCUUAUGGUUAUCAUGCUGGCUUUAAUCAUGGGUUCAAUUGUGCUGAAUCCACUAAUUUUGCUGCACCACGAUGGGUAGAGUAUGGUAAAAGGGCUACACAAUGUACCUGUAGUAAAGAUAUGGUUAAAAUUUCUAUGGACACGUUUGUAAAGCGUUUUCAACCAGAAAGGUAUGAAUUAUGGCUACGCGGAGAAGAUAUUGGUCCUCAUCCUGAAGAUCCUAGACAAACAGCUGCACCUAUGCCGUCUCAGAUGGAUCUUUUAUGUAGCAAUAGCAGUAAUGGUCAAUUACCGCAGAGUUAUUUGAAUGCAGCGCCAAAAAAUAAACGACAUACAAUACAUAAAAAGAAAAAUAUCAUGGCUACGAAUCCGGAUGUUGAUAUGGAAGAGUUGGUUAAUCGUCCCGAUAUUCCACCGGAUGUCAAGAAAGUAUUACAAGAUCUAGAAUUAGAGGAAGUAGAUGACGGACCAGAUGAACAGCAACUAGAGGUUUUAGAAGACAUAUGGCUCAAAGCUGGAGAAAUGGAUGUUAAUGAGGCUACUGUUUACGACGAUGGUUACAAUCGCAAAAAGAGUCGGAAACGAAAGAAAAAGAAUGCCGAUAAAGAUAAAUCAAAGUUGAAGAAGGAUUCUAAUAAAACUAUUACUGACAACGUAAUGGUAAAGACUGAAAUAAAAGAAGAACCAGAUGAUAGUCUUAAUUUCGUAUCUUCUGUGUAUCCAGAACAAAGCACUGAGUUAGAGAAUGACGGUCAAGAAGACAUAAGUACUUCGAUGUCAAGCGAUAACAUCACAGGAAGUAUCAAAAUGGAAGAAGGAUCUGAUUUUUCAGAGGCUAUUGAUAAACCGGUUAAAAAGAAGAAAAAGCAUUCAAAGUCUGGGGAGCAGAAGAAACCGAAAGCAAAGAACAUGAACAAAACUAAACGUAAACAUUUGAAUAUAUCUAUCUUUGAUAUCAACGAACCAUUGGACGUAUCUGACGCUGACGUUCAACGAAAACUUAUGGCUAUGCCGAGUCUUAACUCACACAAAUCUUCAAUAACGGAUGAAAGCGAGGAGAGAAUAAGCGAUGUGCCGGAGAAUAUAAUUUUCACUGAUAACGAAACUAAUACGAACCCUGUGAAGGUUAAAACUGUUUUAAACGUUACAAGUGGUGGUCAAGUAACAACUUCUAUUUAUAGUACCAGUAGCGAUACAAAGGGGACAGAAAAGUUAACAGAUAACAGUACGGAUGAACGGGUAAACGUUUACGCAAAGACUACCAAAAAGACUAAUGCGGUAACAAUAAAAUCGGCAUAUCCUAAACAACAAUUUUUAUUAAAAAAUGCCUCCUUGGAUCAAGCAAAGCCCAUUAAAAUAGAUAAAGCUGUAGAGUCUGAAUAUAUUGGCGACGAUACGAAAAUUACGAUUCAAGAUGCGAAACCAGGUAGCUACAUUAGUUGCAAAAGCGUAGGAACAAUGUUAACUGAAAGAUCCAUACCUAAUUAUUCGAAGAAGGAUAUCAUAAAGGCACCUAGGUUGAGCGUUUUGAAGUCAGCGUACAACGUGUCUGCGACUGAAGUUUCACCUAAACUUGAUUCUGAAAAGUCAAUCACGGAGGAAAAUGAUAGUCGUACGUUAUCGAAUAACAUUGUAGUUUUACCAAAGACUUGGCCUAUCGCCAAACUGCGUGAGCCUAAACUUUCGACUCCGGGUAUCAUGUUCUUGAACACGAGCUUCUCCAAACCACCGACUUUACAGAAAGAGACUGCAGUGAAGGAGCCCAGGAACGACACCAAAGCUCUGGAACUUUCAAAAUCUGUAACUCCUUGUACCAUUCAAAUACCACAAAUGGACAGUUUCUUUGCGAAGGGUACUGUAUUAUCGCAACCACUCACGCAAACUAUAACGUGUCAAAAUAUAAGUGGAACCACUACGGAUGUUAAAAUCCUAGGAAAAAGAUCUACAACCGACACAUCCAAAAUGAUGGCAACAAAGUUUUGGCAACUUUCAAGCAGUAACAAUAAUUUGUUCAUCUCAAAGGAUGCAAAAGAGGAUACACAGAUUCAUUCUUCGCCCACAAACUUAGAUACAUCCGAGAUGUUCGCCUCAUCUUCGUCGUUAAACUUGCCAAGCAAUAGCAACAAAGCUUUCUUUUACACGUCUACUCCAAAAUAUUCGACCGCAGAGAAACAAUCGAUGAUGAUAGACUUUAACAAAAAAUGUUCACGCGCUUCUACGUCAAUUGUAAAAAUCGUACCGAAAAUACAAGAUCAUCUGCUCAUGAAGAGAGCAUUGAACCCAAACGAUGAAAUGUGUAGUAGAAAACCGUUCAAAAAGACGAGUACAAUUGUUAGCAGCGUGAAAAGCGUAUCCACUCAGGUGGACCACCCGUUGGAGAUCGAUCAGUUUGAUAUGGGUACAACUAUGGUCAAUUUGGACACUGGUAUACAUGUCACAAAUCAUUCCACCCUAGAUAUACACGGUUCACAGAAAGCGAUUACUAUUCCGUCUAUACAAGAGGAGCAAUUUCCGAGCGUAAUCGACUCUGAUGAUAAAUUGCAAACGCAGUGUCUACAAAAUAAUCCUGAAAAUAUAUACGCGAAUAUGCCAUCGUUGAAGCCUAUCAAAUUGAUGUCCAGGCGAAAGUCGAAGGAGAAAUUGAAGAAAGCGACUACCAGGAAAAAAGAUGUUACAGAGAUCAUGACUACAAAUAGUCCAGAAGAGGCAAACAUCACGACAUGUUCCGUGAACCAAUCACCUUCUGUAUCUAAUCGUGUCUCAAUGGUACCAGGACACAUAUCCGAAAUGUUGUAUCCCAGUGUUCCAAAUAAUGAUCUGCUGAAGGCGUUCAAUGAUUAUUGGAGUGCUCAAAUAUCUCAUUGCGCAAUUUGCGCACCCUUCACCUCAAGUUGCAAUGGACAUGGGAGGUUAAUGCCCCCGGAUUGGAAAUAUUGUAAACCCACCGUUUUACCAGAAAGCUCACCAAUAUGGGUAUCCGCCAGCGUAUUUGUUGCAAAUUCAAAGGAACAAAUGGUAGAACCUGAAAAUGAUAAACUUCUACGUUGUAGAGAAUGUCACGUGACGGUCCAUGCUUCCUGCUACGGGAUUACCGUGUUGCCUACGGACCUACGAAACUGGGCUUGCGAUAAGUGCAAAGCUGGUAAAACACAAGUGAUGUGCUGCCUAUGUCCCAUGCGAGGAGGUGCUCUUAAACGUACCAGCGACAGUAAUUGGGCACACAUAGUGUGUGCCCUACUGUUGCCAGGUGUAACUUUCAAAGACGCUAUAAAUAAGGAUCCUAUAAAUGUAUUAACUAUCAAACCGAACAUUGUUAAACAACAAUGUUGUUACUGUGGACAGAAAGAUGGAGCAUGUUUGAGCUGUAACGAAUGUGGUAAUUUGUUUCACCCAUCAUGCGGUCUAGUUUCUGGUGCAACCUUUAUGGUGCCCGUUUAUAAUUCACCAGAACUUCAGGUAACGUGUGAUGGACACGACGAUGGGAAGGAAAAAAUACCAACGAUUCGACAGGGAGAAAUUGUUUGGGCAAAGCAUCGUAAUACUCGAUAUUACAAAGCCAAAGUAGAUUCUAUACAUGAUACUUUGUUGUAUAUGGUUACAUUCAGUGACGACAGCUUCAGUGAAGAUUUAUACCCAUCAGAUAUAUUGAAUUAUGACCCUGGAAACCCACCGCAACAAGGAGCUGCUGUCAUUGUGAAAUGGACCGAUGGAAAUUUAUACGAUGGUAUCUUUGGAGGUACAAAUCAUCGUAUCAUGUAUACUGUCAUUUUCGAAGAUGGUUCGCAACUCGCGUUAAAACGAAACGAGAUUUACAGUUUGCAAGAAGAAAUGCCAAAAAGAGUGCGUUCACGUCUGUCUGUUGCGACCGAAAUGAAGCACCGAUAUCAUCUGUACGGCGCAGAGGAUGAAUCAGAAGCGCAAAGAAAGGUGAAACAGUCUAAAUAUUGUGAUUGAAUAAAAUCAUAUAUGCAAUUCGAUGUAAAUAAUUAAUAGAAACAAAUAAUAUUCAGUCGCUGUAAAUAACAUACACAAAUAAUGUACCUAAAUAAUUUGGUCUCGUCUGAACGCGUAUGCGAUUGGAAUAGACCAAAUCAAUAGAUUUUAUUUUCUUUUUUCAUCAUAUUCGUUUAUCUCCUUUUCUUCUAUUUCUUUUCAAUUGAUUUUCUUCACGUUUUAUUUUCACUGAUAUUGUUAUCGGUAUCACAUUUUCGUUUUUAAACACAUUUAUUUAAGAUUUACUACUUACUACUCGUUUAUAGUGAGUAUCGAUUAAAAAUCUUCCUCGUUUAAGAAUUUGAUACGUUACUAUACGACGUGGCGAAGAGUAUUAAAGAAACCGCGACGUUUCGAAUGACACGUUUAUGAUACUAAUGCGUGUGGUUUUCGACGAAAUGAAACAUAGUCGAGGAAGUCUUCAAAUUCAAAAACUUGUCAGUUCCCGCGUUACACCAGGAUAUUACGAUCCCGCCCGAACAUGUCCGAAGUUCGUCGUUUUGUCCCGAAGUUCAAGUUUUUGAAACUCGGAACGUUUUUGUAAAUUAAAUUUAUAAACCAAUCACUUUAUAUUUACCGAUCAACAAGAUCUUCGACUAUGCAAUAUUUCGACGAGAACCAUGUCUCGCAUAAUUAUAAAUAGGCAAUUUCCGAGUUUUUAAUCUUUUAUCGCAUAAUUAGAAAAUAAUUACCAAUCGAGAUCACCCGUGUAAUGGAAACGGAGCAAGGUGUUUUUUUAUUCCUUAUAUCAGCACGCAAUUUACACCAACUUUGACAGAUUAUUAAAUAUGAGAACGUUUAGCAAGUGAUAAGGAUCGAAGAAACAUUUAAUACAUAAAGUUUAUGAGAUAUAUAUGUCUGUAUAUAUUUACGGAUAUAAUGUGUGAAAUAUGUUUUUAAAUGACGAAUCUAUGGAUCUAGAUUAAAAAAUCAUUUUUUACUUUGUUCUAUGAAUAAGUAACCAAGCAUUGAAAACAUAAGAAAUUUUGGUUGAGUAAAUUCGACUGAAAAGUUGCGUUAAAAUACGACGUGCUCUUGAAAGCAUCGAGUAGAAUGACACAUACUUAGAUCUGUUUGUUAUAAUAAAUCACUUGUGAGAGGCUUUAGUAGUUGUUUACGAACAAAAUUACACUGUGUACGUCUUUUACAGUAAAUUGAACUAUAUACUCGAGUGAAAUGUAGGCUUUCUUGGAAUAAGGUUAAGAGUAGGGGAAGGAGUACCCCCACUACUUGCUAACCUAACUUUGGGAAAAUUAAAUGUGUAACUUGAAAAUUUUUCACAUUUUCAAUUUUUAAGUUCUUUAAAUCUCCAAGUUCUAAAAUUUCUAGUCUCUAAAUUUGAGAAUUUACCGAAUCAAAAACCAACGAGUGGAGGGUUUCCUUUCUCUAUUACCGCCAUUUUCCAUAGGGACAGCCUAUUGUGCUCGCUGCUGUACCUAAAUGAUUAGGUAUAUACAAAAAAAAUGCGAUUGUCUCCUGUAACAUUUAUUUGUAAAUCAAUGUAAUAGAUAGAUCACCAUUGCCCUGUAUUUGUUACGAUCUGUUAUUUAAAUUAAGUACGUAGUUGUGUUGACUGUACUUAAUAAAUUGAACAUACGUCUGAACGAAAUCGCAAUUUAAAAUUUACAACUAUUGAUCCUUCUAACACAGCGUGUCAUAAAUUGUGUUUUCUGAAUCGUGUAAGCGAAAAUUGUAUUAUUUAAUUGUACAUGCGUCCUUCAUUUGAUCGUAUAAUGAAAAUUUGUGAUAUGAAAUUGGAUACGGUGUCCAGCGGAAAAAAAGACUAAGCGGAACGUUACAUUCGUUUAUCACAUGAUAUUCUGUAUCACGGUUUCUUAUAGUACAGUGUACACGUUAUGGUAUUUUGUCAAUUCGUCUUGUUCGGUUGCUAUAUUCGUAAUUGAAUAUAAUCUGCGCGACACACACAAUGAACGUUUGAUAGAGCACCAUCGAUAUAAACAUAUAUGUAUGUAUAUUUGUAGAUGAAAUUUGUCACUCAAAAAUAUUGUUCAUAUUGAUCUCUUGAAAUUUGUUCCCUUUAAUUUAAUUUAAUAAACAGAUACGCAUACGCGCGCUCCUCGAGAAAAAUGAUCACUUUAAUCAUAACUUGAAUUUAUGUAAUUUAUGAAAAAUGAAAUUAUCAUUUCCCUCGACCACUUUAUAAUAAUACAUACUGUUUAAGUCAGGUCGUGGAAAUUGUAUUAGCGUUCUAUGAUAAUAAAAAAAAAACGAUAAAAAAAUAUGUUGAUGUAUCCGAGUAUAGAGACAGAUUGGAUACAGCGUACAAUAAAAACAAAAUUAAAAUGUGACAGUAUUUUUCUUCAAUUUCCUAAAACUGAUUUCGGUAAAGGGAUUUCGCCAUUGAAUGACUCUCCAUUGAAUCAUAAAUAACAAAGUUAUAAAAUGUAUACAUUUAUUGAACAGAUUUUCAGUUAAAAUGAAAAUCUUUUACAUGUUUUAUAAUACUUAAUUUUAUGUCAUGAUUAUAUAUAAAAAAUAUCAUUCAGUGUAAUAAGAUUUCACAACAAUUUAUAGUACAUUGUUGCUUAGUCGAUAAUUUAAAAUGUGUUUUGUAUUUGUUUAAAGCUUUACCUACAUAACAUUUCAUAGGUGUAAAAAGUCAUGUUCAUACAUACAGUAGAAAUUCUUUUUAAUCAAUGUUUUAGAUUAUUGAUUCUUCUAUUUUCUUUGACAUAUAGUUAUAUGUAAACAUUGCUAUUUUGCUUUUUAGUGCCAUGAAAAUGCCUAACGUAUAUAUCACAGAAAAUAAUUAGAUUUGUUUUUAAACAAUUAAUCCAACAAUCCUCGUACAGUCUGUUACAAACGAAGAGCCUGUUCGACGUAUACAUGUUGAAGACAAAAAUUCACGAGUGAAUAGACUUGAAUGAAGAAAAA